AACCGGGCUCAAGUUGCAGGAAAACUGCACAAGUGCGCCCAAAAAGGAGACAAAAGGCGUCUAACAUCUACAACAAACGUCCAGAAUGGUGAGGAUCACUUUCCAUGCUGCCUCGGGGGACAAGCGGGGAAAAGAUGAAGAGCACGUGACCAUACAAAAGAACGAGCAAGAGGAGCCUCAUGCAGCCAAGAUCAAGACGUUUUUUCCAGUCCGCCUGUUGUUGGUGACGAUUUCUGUGCUGUUGGUCCUGGUGGGAAUGGUGCUCGGCUGCGUCUACACCUACCGCUACUUCUUCCCUGCUCAGCCUCUGAACGAAAGGAGCGUGUUCCUCUGCCGGGUGGUCUUCGAAGACCCCGUGAUCCACAAACAACUGGAGCUGAAAGAGAAAGUAGCCAUCUCCCUAGAAAAAGACUACCAGGUCAUCAACGUGCCCGUGCCCGAGUUCGGCAGCAGCGAUGCCGCCGACAUUGUCCACGACUUCCACAGGGAACUGACCGUUUAUUAUGACAAAACACUGGACAAGUGCUACGUGACUGAUCUGAACACCACUCAGGUGAUGCGCCCAAAGAACCUUUGGGAACUGCUCACCAACGUCCAGAAAGGAAUGUACUUCCCGCAGAACUACCUGGUCCGCGAGGAGAUGACCGUGACCGGCUACAUCAGCAACAUCCGCCAACUGGGCCCCAUCAUCAACCACGUGUGCCACGGCAAGGAGACAUUUGGCCUGCGUCGCCGCAGCCUGCACCGACGCGUGCGGCGCAGCGUGUGCCACACCAUCCACCACUUCGAGAACCCUUACCUGGUGGAGACUGCGAUCUGCGACUGAGACUAUAGCCCGGCCAACGCUUAAACUUCUUUCCAACCUUACCUCUUGAAUUCUUCACUACUUUCUAACUGCACUUUACCACUCGUCUAUUCCAGUUUCACUUUUUUUUUUGGCCAUUUCUAGUGUUACCGAUUUUCUGUGGUAUGUGUGUAACAGCACGGUGUGGGAGCGGUUAGCACAUCCGCCGCCUCACAGGAGUUUCUGUGUUCUCCCCGUGCUCACGUGGGUUUUCUCGGAUUCUCCGGUUUCCUCCCGCAGUCCAAAAACACGCAAGUUCGGUUCACUGAAGACUUGAAAUUGUUUACGCGUCCGAGUGGUUGGUUGUCUAUAUGUGCCCUGCGAUUGGCUGGCGACCAGUCCGGCGUGCACCCCGCCUCUCGCUCAAAGUCAGCUGUGAUAGGCAACCCUAGUGAGAAUAAAAAAUGCAUUUAAAUGUCAGUUUGUAAUAAACAUUUGAAACAUGCGCACCUUUUUUUAAACAAUUACAAUAUGUAAAAAAACAUACCUCAUGUAGUUCAGUGUACAGUAAAUUACUUUUGAUUGUUACCGAGCAAUAUGAAUACAGUACAUGUCAAUUUUGAAGGUUUACAUGCAUAUAUUGAUUUUGUAUCAUUCAUUAGUUGAUCUAACCACUGACUUUAGACUGUAAGCAGUAGAAGAGCUUUUGAGUGUCAGAGUGCGGUCGUAAAUUUGUUAUUGAGGAUGUGGGGAUUAUUACUGUAUAGUGUUUUUCUAAGAUUACUUGACUAGAUAUUUAUCGUCCAUCGCAGCAAUAUUUCCACAUUGUCAAAUCAUUCGGGUUAUCAGUCUCAGUUGUGACUCAUUUGUAUUAUACUGUACUGUAAUAUCUUGCUGCUUUAAUAAACUUAUUUGUCUUUGA